AUGGCUGAGAGCUCUCUUUUCGCUGCUUUCGGCGCUGUCCUCGGUUACAUUGGCUCCGAAGUAGCUACCAAACGAUGCCUGGAACAACUUCUUUGGCCACAGAGACACUACUCAAACUUCACACUUGGCUCAUUCCUGAUGCUUGCGUUCUUCAUGCCCAUGGGCGGGCCUCUGUUCAAGCCGGCGUUGGAGGCACUUGAUACAAUCUUUUCCCAUGGACUAUUCAGGGGCUCAAGCCAAGGCCAUAUGCUAGGCACCGUCUUCUUUCCUCAGCUCAGUUGGAGCUACACGAUGCACGAACAUGGAGAUCAGAGCCAGUCACGUACUGGCAACAUACGCAACUGUCUAUGGGUUCGCACCCUGGCUUAUAUCAAUAUCCCUCGCCUACAUUGCUGUUCGCAAUCAGCAUCUAGCGACGACUUGGAGAAGGGACGUGUUUGCCAUGACCUCGCAUCGCCACCGGUGAGGGCUCGAACGGCCUUCAGUCAUCUCACGCUGGCAAGGCCGACAACAAAGGAGAUGUCAUCACUCGACAUUCCCUUUGUCAAGGAGGACCCCGGGCGUCCGGGCCCGCGAGUAUUCCUUGCUAUUUGCGCAGCUGAGACGUCUGCCAUUCUAUGUGCUGUCGGUGUUUCUGUCGCAUUCCGUUCCCCUUGGUGCGUCUUGUGGCUCGCGCCUCUCAUUCUACGUCUCACAAGCGCCUUGUUUGCACUACACCGAGAACCUCUCAUUUCGACGUCGUCCUCCACUGGUGACGACCCGGCGCGCGACUUUGAGAUUCAUUGCCCCCAGGCGGAAGGUAGCUUUAUGAUCAUCACUGGCCCUCCUGCCUUGGUGCUACAGUUCGUUCGUCACUACGGCCAUCCCAUACGCAGUCGAACCCGCGAGGCCUUUCAGUACUUUGCCAUUGUUGUUUUCGCUUGUCAGUUUCCAUUUGGACUUUUCUGCUCGGUUGUUUGGAUGCCUAUCAAAGUCCAGUACGUAUGGGUGUCCUACCAGCUCUACGUGGUUUUGGCCGCACACGUAGUUCGAUAUUCGAGUCUGGGACGCUCCACGACAACAGAGGCCAAGCUUACACAGUGUUUGGGUCAAGCAACGGCCGCCCUGUUCGGACAUAAGAGGGGCAGCUCCAAUACAAUCAAAGCCAGCGUCGUGGCCACGUAUCAUGAUAGAUAUAGUCUAGGUAGAGCCGCGGCGGACCAGCUGCUACGCCGUCACGAACUACGGCAGGAUCAGGCUAUUAAUACGCCCGAGGCCCUGUCUAUAGAUGACCUCAACCAGUAA